AUGGAAUCGAACAUCGCCUUUGCGUCAUCCGUGCUCACAUGCAUCUUCUCGCUCGUAAGCUGGUCAAUCACUGCUCACCUCCUGCCAGCCUACCGUGCUCUUAGCCAAGACUACUCCAUCGACAGUGACUGGGGCUCGGGUCUUGAUGGUGGAUCUGGGUCUGGCUACGGCUCAGGCAAUGGCUAUGGCUGGGGUUCGGGCUCAGGCACCGGCUCAAGCUCGGGAAUUGGUUCGAGUACGGGUUCAGGUUCGGGCUCGGGCACGGGCUAUGGCUCGAGCACGGGCUCAGGUUAUGGUUCGAACGCGGGCUCAGGCUACGGUUCGAGCACGGGCUCAGGCUAUGGCUCGAACACGGGCUCAGGCUAUGGUUCGAGCACGGGCUCAGGUUAUGGUUCAAGCUCGGGUUCAGGAUACAGCUCCUCCUCGAACCGAUCUGGUAGCGGCUACGGCUACGCUAGCUAUGCCUCCAAUAGCAGGCGCUCCUAUAGCACCCACGGCAUCAAGGCUCCUCUGGCUGUCAGCGCCGUUGGAAUGGCCAUUGCCAUCCUGAUUUUCCUCGUUGUGCCUGUCUUUGCUCUGCACGUCUGGAAGGAGAAGCAAGGCCACGCAGCGCGUCCGCGAUGGCUCAGCCGCACUUUACUAGGCCUCAGCAUUCUCGGAUUCGUGAUCGCCAUCGCUGAAUUUGGCGUCCUCGGACAUUACAAGAUCUUGACUGACGAACCCGCUGCUCAAGCCGCGAUGCUGUUCCUCGCUGGCAUUUUCGGGAUUGCUGCUAGUGCCUUUCAUUAUCUGCCAACUUCUUGGGUGGACAAGCUUCAGCUGCAAACGCGAGCACGACCUCAAGACCAGCACCAAGUCAAAGACAUGCAGGAAGACCCGAGCAAUCGUUCGGAGCAGGCAUGA